AUGUCUGAAAAAGUAGUUCAGCAGUGGUCUACAUAAGAAACGUGCACUCUACUGUCGAUAUGGUCUUAAACAGAGAUCCAUGACAAACUAGAGCUCGCAAAGAAAAGAAAGUUGUUUGAAGAAAUAUGGCAAGAAAUGCUCAACAUCUGCUUCAGUCAUACGAUUUUAACUUGUAAACAAAUUGUAAACAAACUCAAGAAACUUAACAAGGAGUACAGGGAUCAGAAAAUGGAGCUCAGCAAAAGCGGCAGUGGACGAAGCAAUAAAAGCAUGCAGUAUAAUGUUUUGGACUCUGUACUUGGACACCGACUGGAUAAUCAAUUAAGUGGCGCAUUGAAUUCAGCAACAAGGUCUGUUGCCAACCUUGGUAAGUUACAAAGGAGCAAAAAAGGGAAGAGGGAUUCAAACCAGGAGCUGCUUGAUUACUUACAAACUGCAGAUGAGCGAUUCAUGGAACAUAGCAAAGAACGUCAUGAGUCCAUGAUAAAAACAACGGGCGAAACAAAGACAAUGCUUGCACUAAUGGGCCGCAUGGUUGCUGUGAUAAAGGUACAGCAGGGACACUAAGCUUAAAUGUUUGUAAAAUGACACACUAACAACUUUUCCAGUAAAAUUUUUGUUGAUUGUGAUGCCUUUGUUUUAUUUCUUUCUUUUGUUUUAUUUAAUUUUUUUUUUUUACUUAUUUUUGCAUUGUACUUCGUGUCUUGUUUUGUUUGUACUUGUCUACCUCAUACUUGUUCACCUCAUUGUAACAGCUUAACUCAUUGUUCUUGAUUACAUAAAAGACACAGUUUACAUUUGCACAUGUUCCUGUAUAUAUUUUGAUACACAUUAUACGAAUAAAUCUUUUUGCACAACAAUUCUUGGAACAGUCAUUUAUUAUGUAAAGGAAACAAUGGCAAACAGUGAAAUAGUAAUAAUAAAAUACUAAACAAUAAUACAAUAGCAAAAUAGAAGCAAACAAUAGUAAAAUAGAAACAACAAGCUCAAUUCAACAGUUUCACCCUUCCUGUGUGUUGAAGUACUGCAACAAUGCAGUUCAUACAUCAGUUCCUUCUGGGUGUUCGUGCUGAGGUCAUGCCUGGAUGGGUAUU